CCCCAGCUUAGAUGAGAACAGAAGGAUAUACACAAACGCAGUCUAGGGUUUUAGGCUAAAAACAACUUAUCAUAGACAAAGAGAACAUGAGGCUCAAGAAAAGCUCCACAUCGACCGAUGUUGAACAUGCACAUGACCUUAGCAAUUCCAUGAAAGGCGAAAAGAAGCGCAAGAAAUCCACCGUUCAUAACGCGAAUAAGGACACCGAGCAUUCGCACAAAGUGAAAAAUGUUCGAGCUUCCAAGAAAAUAGCUGCUAAUCAUGUCGCUAUUGAUAGACUGACUUCUACCAUUGAAGAUGCUUAUGAUGAAAUCAUAGAGUUGAGAGAAUCUAUCGAAGAGAUGACUGAAACUAUGAAAAAACAACAGGAGAUAUUAUUGACAAUGGCUGGAACUAUGAAGAACCUACUGGUGAAAGAAACCCCAAAAGAAAAGUCUACAAUCAAAAGAGAGUGUGCUUUGGCACGGGAUUAUCAACCAAAUAAUAAGCAUACCAUUUUGGUUAAGGGAUAUGAUCCGUCCAUGCGUAGGGAUAUGAUGUCGAAAAGGCAUUGAUUAAACAUUUUGGUUCAUGUGGAGAGAUCACAAGGGUGUUUGUUCCCUUCAAGUGUUACACCCUUACUUGUGAUAACUCAAGUUAAAUGCAAACCAAGAUAUUUAUUACUCUCUUUUUUU